AUGAGUUCAAUCGGGAGAAAGAGAGCUCUUCGGCACGAACGCUUAUCUGACGAUCCGGUACCCCUUCUAAAACGGCGCGGGACUGAAAGGGACCCAUACGUUGAGUAUUGGGUUGCUCAUAACUACCAGCUAUUCAAAGAACCAACAAAUCCGAUGGAAUACUUGUUUUCAAGGCCGAAGUCGCUGCGUCGAGCGAAGUCUAGCACCGGUUUCUAUACACAAAGCGAGUCCGGCUCAAACAAAAGCAAAAACGGGUACAACGACGAGAAUUUUGAGAUAUACCUGCAGUCUAAAGGAAGCUUCAUGGGAAAACACAAAGAUGGGAUUUCAAAUGAUAGUAAGGAACUUUGCCGGCGAUUACUUGAGGUGGAGCAUAUCGUCCCUAGGGAUACCGUAUUUGACCAGGCAGCUUUUGAGUCUGCUUGUGAGAGAGUAAGGAAGCAAAGCGAAAUGGGGGUGGUUAUUCGAAUUAUUGGCGAGUUAAUCGUUCCAUCCGCGGAAUGUGCUAUUGACCUUGGCCAUGUUACCUUCGAGCACCUGAUCUCCAAGGUGAACGAAGUCUGGGACCCGACGUGA